UUGAAAUUUAAGGUUGCACGCGACUCUUACUUGGACUAUCUGGCGAAAGAAGCUGGUGGAACUUCUUCGCAGACAUCGAACCUCUACGAAGAGCUUUUAGCGCUGGAAACUGCGGAACCUUCACAGACCUCUGACUUUUACGAGGAACUACUGGCUAUACAAGAAUGUGGUGGAUGGCCCGACAAUGAAAUGGACGAAGAUCGUGCAUUGGCUCAAGCUUUAGCAAUGAGUGAAGUGGCGUACAUGGAAGAACUACAGCUUAGGUUUGGUUGCGAACCAGAAGAUACUAACAAUAACAACAAUAAUAGGAGGGGAUAA